AAACAAAAAGCGCAUAUCAACCAGUAUGGUUGAAUCCGUACACAAUAAGCUGAUUGAUAUGGAAAUGAGAUCUGAUGAUGACUUCAGACUACAGACACCUACUCCUAGAGAGAACAGCACUCCCGAAGUUGAGCUCCAAAUGAAUGCCAAACUAGACGACUUGUACAUUGAGAAGCAUCAAAUAGUUGAUCCAGACAACCUGUCAAUUAAUGCAGUGAAAAUAUCACCCGAUGGGAAAACAUUAGCAUACUGUACUUCUAGUGGGGUAAUAAGAGUAUAUAAUCUUGAUGGCUUUUCUCCGAUGGUAGAGUUAUCAGGGCAUACAAAAGGAGUUUCAGAUAUCGAUUAUUCACCUAUUAACUCAGAUAUCUUGGCCAGUGCUUCUGAUGACUUGACCAUUCGUAUUUGGUCAAUCAGCAAGAAUAAGUGUCUCAAGAUCCUCAAGAAACACACAUAUCAUGUCACGUCGGUGAACUUCACGCAAAAAGGGAAUAUACUUAUAUCGGGCUCAGCUGAUGAAACUAUCACCAUCUGGGAUUUGAGCUCAGGAAAAAGCUUAAAGACCUUGGCUGCACAUUCAGAUGCCAUUCUGUCAAUAAGCUUAACACCUGAUAAUACCAUAAUAGCAAGCGGGUCAUACGAUGGUCUUAUGAGAUUAUUUGAUUGCGAAACUGGUCAGUGUUUGAAGACCUUGGUAUAUAAUACUUCCAGUCAUGGGACUGCUACCGCAUCUACCAGUGAUGUUGUCAAUCCUCCCAUCUCAUGUGUAGAGUUCUCCCCCAACGGGAAGUUUAUUCUAAGUUCUAGUUUGGAUGGAGUAAUCCGAUUAUGGGAUUAUAUGGACAAUAAGGUAAUGAAAACGUUUGGCGGAGAAGAUGGUAACCCCGUGUGUGAGAAGUUCGGUUGUCCAGCCAAAUUCGUCACAACGACGCUAGACCCAUUGGUGGUGUCGGGAUCUGAUGCUGGCAUCUUAAUGUUCUGGAAUGUCCAUUCGAAAAACAUUGUAUGCAACCAAAUCAAUAUGGAGGCUCCUAUUCUUGGUAUAGACAUGUACCAAGGUGGAAAAGUCCUUGCUGUUUGUAGCAAAAAGGGCGAGUUAAAAUUCUUCGAGAUUAAUGAAAAGUAUGUUAAAAGUUAGAAAUGAUAAAUGUAUAAUUUAGAACC